AUAGCCACUUGCCCAGAGGCAGCCAAUUGCAAGUGUAAAUGUGCCAACCCUGAGGCUCUGGGCACUACCGAAGAGCCAGAGCAGCUUGCGUGGGGGUUCUUUUGAUAGAUAUGUAGCAAAUAUAUAUCAUAUAUAAUAAGCUGUUCGUCCAAAUUACAUAACGUCCCAUUUCACAGAACGUAUCGUGGACGUUAAGCAGCGCAUGCAUGUAUUUUGAAUCCGUGCCCAAAGCAGGGGAAAGAUUUUGGGAAACUAGGAGGCUUAUUACCAAGAUCAGGGUAGCUCCGUUAUUACAAUCUAUGGAUAGCCUUUGUUGGCAAUGCCUGUGCUUUCUCUUUUCAGCAGAGAUUCACUUGUUUAUGAACUGAAUGAAGUAGUGGCAGUAUCCUCGCUUUCUGUCCAGGUUUUUUUAAUGCAACAUGGUAGAUAGUCUAAAAAGCUGUUCAGAACCAGGGCUUCUCAUAUAUCCUAUGAAUACUUUGAGAUUUUCUUAAAAUGCAGAUCCUGAUUCAAUAGGUUGGGGUGGGGCCUUUGAUUCUGAUUUUCUGCCAAGCUCCCAGGAAAUGCCGAUGCUGUUGGUCCAUGUACCAUAUACUAUCAGUGUUGUUGUUAGUUGCUGUCAAGUCGAUGCCAACUCAUGGCAACCUUUUGUGUAAGAGAAGGAAAUACUAUUAGGUCCUAUGCCAUCUUCAUGAUGGUUGAUAUGUCUGAGUCCAUUGUAACUAUUGUGUCAGUAAAUCUCAUUGAGGAUUUUCCUUGUUUUCUCUGACCCUCUCCUUUACCAAACAUGAUGUCCUUUUGUAGCAAGACCCUCUUUUGGGUCUCAACUCCUUAGAUAACUGGUUCUCAAAGGUUGAGACCCCUUGGAAUCUCCUAGGGACCUUUUAAAAUGCUAAAUGUCUAGGCCACACCCAAGAACAAUUAAAUCAGAAUCUCUGGUAAUGAGACCCAAAUAUCAGAGUUUUCUGAAGCUCCUAUAUGAUUUCAACGCACAAAAGCAUUUGAGAUCGGCUGCCGUAGACUGUGUAAUGCAAUAUAAGAAACUCUUUAAAAAAGUGUAGAUAAUCACAAGCACAUUUUUUAACAUUUUAAUCUUAAAAACUUUUGUUAGUAAUUAAUUUUAAUAAAGGUUUAUGUUUCUCACAGUUGUUUUUUGUAUUAAAUAUCUCCAACAAAAUUCAGAAAAAAACAAAACUAAAAGGGAAUUUUAAAAGGAAAACCAUUGAAUCCUAGUCAAACGUAAGCUUCAGUUCUGAGUGAAAAGGCAAUGAAAUUAUGUAGUAUACUUUGAUAAGCACUUAAAGUUUAGUUUAUUUCCUCUCUGCAAAAAAGAAAACUAACGUAUAAAAUCGGUUUUCUAUUUUCCUUAGAAUAGUUAAUAUCAUUAUUAACAUGUUCAGGGGAAUACUAUGUGGCCUGUGCCUUUCUACUCUCUUCCUCCAUUCUCCAUCCUAGUAAUGUGUCUUAUUUUUGUCACAUCAUUUUUGUUUAUGGCAACUUUCCAUAUUUAUUCAUCUCCCUUUUAUGUUUAAUUUCAGAUUUCCGCCAGGGAAUUCCAGUUCUUUGUUCAUGGAGAGCCAGUGUGUCUCGUUACCUGAUGUAUCUCCAGGACCUAGAACAUUUCCUGCUUUGCCUGCUUAGUGCUUGGACUGUUUGUGAGUGAAAACCCAGAGGAAGACCACUGGCAGCUGAGCUAUAGACAAUGCAACCACUGGAAUCAGUGACCUUCAAAGAUGUAGCUGUAGACUUCACCCUGGAAGAGUGGGCCCUGCUGGAUACAUCCCAGAGAAAGCUAUUUAGAGAUGUGAUGAUGGAGAACAUUGAUCACUUGGUCUUCGUGGGGAAUCACCUCUGCAAAUCAGAUGUGAUUUCCCAACUGGAGCAAGGAGAGGAACUGUGGAGAGGAGGAAUAGGAUUUCUCCAAGACCAGAGUCCAGGCGGGGAAACUGGCCUUAACAAAGAAGAAAUGGUAUCCUUGCAGCAUAUCUCCAGGAAGGACACACCAACCAUCAUGGCAUUGCAGAGAUCUCUCACUGGAGAGGAUACCUUUGAAUGCAAUGAUUUGGGAGAAGAUUUCACUCACAGCUUUACAUUGACUCAACAUAUGUUAAAUCACAUGGGAAAGAAACACAAUACCAGCAAAGAAUUUUUAAGAUCCCUUACUGACCAGUCAUCCUUCAAUCAACAUAAGCAAAUUCACUCUAGAAGUAAAUCAUAUGAGUGUCAUCUAUGUGGGAAAGCCUUUAUUCAAAGCUCUGGCCUUAAACAGCACAUUAGAACUCAUACUGGAGAGAAACCAUACGAAUGUCAUAUAUGUGGAAAAGCCUUCAGUAAUUUUUCUGGCCUUACUCAACACUAUAGAACUCACACUGGAGAGAAACCAUAUGAAUGCCAUGUAUGUGGGAAAGCCUUCAGUACAAAUUCUAACCUUAGACAACAUGGGAGAAUUCACACUGGAGAGAAACCAUAUGUAUGUCAUCUGUGUGGGAAAGCCUUCACUAAUUGUGCUGAUCUUAUACAACACAAUAGAAUUCAUACUGGAGAGAAACCAUAUGUAUGUCAUCUUUGUGGGAAAGCCUUUAUUCAAAGUUCUGGCCUUAAACAACACAAUAGAACUCACACUGGAGAGAAACCGUAUGAAUGCCAUAUAUGUGGAAAAGCCUUCAGUAAUUUUUCUGACCUUAUACAACACAAUAGAACUCACACUGGAGAGAAGCCAUAUGAAUGCCAUCUCUGUGGGAAAGCAUUCAGUAAUUGUUCUCACUUUAGACGACAUGAGAGAAGUCACACUGGAGAGAAACCAUAUGAAUGUCAUAUAUGUAGGAAAGCUUUUAGUAGAAGUUCUAACCUGAGACUACAUGAGAGAAUUCACACUGGGGAGAAACCUUAUGGAUGUCAACUCUGUGGGAAAGCUUUUAGUCAGUGUUCUGACCUUAGAAAUCAUGAGAAAACUCACACUGGAGAAAAACCAUUUGAAUGUCAUAUAUGUGGGAAAGCCUUCAGUAGAAGUUCUAACCUGAGACUACAUGAGAGAAUUCAUACUAAAGAGAAGCCACAUGUUUGUCAACUAUGUGGGAAGGCGUUUAGUCAGUGUUCUGACCUUAGAAAUCAUGAGAAAACACACACUGGAGAGAAACCGUGUGAAUGCCAUGUAUGUGGGGAAGCCUUCACUUAUUGUUCUGACCUUAGACAUCAUGAGAACGGUCAUACUAUAUAUCUAAUAAAUGUGGAAGAGAGUUCAACUUUAGCUUUAACAUUUCAGCACCCAACAGAAUCACACAUAGAAGGAACACUAUGUCUGUAAUCAGUGUUCAUACUAGAGAGAAUCCAUAUGGAUAUCUUCUGUGUGGGAAAUCCAUUAGUCAAUGAUCUGACCAUAUAUGACAUGAGAGAACUCACAGUAGAAAUACAGUAAAUAUGAAAGAGUUUUCAGUCACAGUUCUGUUAAACCAAGGAAUGCACGAGUGAGAAAAUAUGUCUGCGGUCAAUAUAGAAAUGCCCUCAUUUACUUAUUGAGCCUUUAAACAAAAUGAAUGAACUUCUCAAGAGAUAAACUUGAGGUCUGUAAUCACUGUGUGGUAUCAUUCAAUAGUUCACCAGCCUUGGUGUGCACAAUAAAACCCAAUGUGAGAAUAACCACUUGUUAUAGAUUGAAUUGUGGCCCCCAAAAGAUAUGUUGAACCCCUAAACCCUGGACCUGUGAAUGUGAUUUAGUUUGGAAAUAAGUUUUUUCUUUUGUUAUCAGUUAAUGAGGUUAUGUUGGAGUAGGGUGGGUCCUAAUCUCUUCUGAGUAGUGUCUUAUAAAAGAAGAGGACAGACAAAGACACGGGGAAGACAGAUGCCAUGUGACCAUACAACUACAAGCUUAGAAACACCUGGGGCUGCCAGAAGCUGGAGGAGACAAGAAAAGAUCUUCCCUUACAGCAGAGUGUGAACAUGUCCUGCUGAAGCCCUGAAUUUGGACUUCUAGCUUCUAGAACUGUUUGAGAAAAUUAAUUUCUAUUCUUUAAAGCUAUCCUCUUUGUGGUAUCUUGUUAUAGCAGCACUAGGAAACUAAGACACCACUGAAACAGGAAGUAAGAGAGAGAAGUCUUUACUAGGACAGCCUUUUGAGUAAUACCAGAUAAAGCCUAUGGAGAAGUUAUUGAAUGAAAUAUCAUGAAGUCAUUUAUUCAUAGAGCAACAUUUUAGAACACGUGUGCAUUCACACUAUAAAACACUCAGUGUCUUGACUGAAGGAAAGGCUUCAAUAAUCACUCAUUUCUUAGCAUUAAUGUUCUCCAGUGAGGAGAAAAAAGUCUGAAAGUCAAGGUAGAAAACAACAAAACUUCACCUAUAUUUCAUAUCAGAAAACCAAGACUGGAAUAAAGCAAAAACAACUUUAAAAGAACCCUUGAGAACAGAUUUAGCAGAGGAUUCAGAAUUUUGACAGAAGAUCUCUUAUUGAAAAAAUUUGGGACUGUGAUGUGAUCUGGGAAUACCAAAUGCAGGAUUUCCUAAGAAGUUAUAGGAAAUGAUAUUAAACUUAAUAGAUUAGUACUUGCAUAUAUGUAAACGGUAAAUGUUGCUGAAAAAUCUAAUAUAUUGAUCAUUUUCUAUUUUUUAAUACAAUACCAAACACAUAGAUUUGGAUCAAUCAGAAAAUAAUUUUGAAUAUAAACUGAAACAUUUACAGCAUGAAAUUGUUACUUAACUAUUAGAGUUAUGUAUGUACAUGUUAAGGAUGAAAGUAAACAUGGAUAAACACCCUUUAUAAGCAAAGUCUGAUGGUACUUUUUUUUUUAAUUCCAUAUAAUAAUGUCUUCAAAGUUUAAAAAGGAAUUACAAGUGAAACUAUUUAAUUUGGUUUUUGUUUUUUUUUUUUUAAUCCUGGAUGAUUGUGGGUACAUUGGCUAGAAAAUUCCUCAGGAUGAAGACAUGGAAGAACAGUAAGAUGUAGGCAAUGUCCUAUUUGCAGAAUGCCUUACAUAUUUAUACUAAUUUAUGUAACCAUAAAACAUUGCCUCUCAGCAUCAUACAGAACACUGCUUGUCAAAACAGAGAAGAAUGAACUGCUAAGAAUUUGACCUUGUUCAUAUUUCCCAAAAAAAUCAGUAAUGAAUUCCCAAAUCACCAACCUGGACUGACUCCCAACCCUUUUUAUACACAUACAGAAGCCUAGGAGAGAAAAUAGUGGAGCUCACAACUCUGCCACGAUUUCAAGAGAAGGCUCGUUCCUUGCUACUUUUUUGGAUGUGAUUAAUAUCCCUGUUUCACACAUGGGAAAAUAGAAUCUAAAUGAUUAUAAUUAAUUUAGCCCAUUUUUCUGAGAUGAUGCAAUGCCCACCUCUAUCCUCAACUUUUUUUUGGUGCUUUUAUUUGAAUAUUUUAUAUUGAUGUAUCUUUAAGUUCAUUAAUCUUGCCUUCUGUGUGUAAUGUUUGUUAAGCUUAUAUCUGUUAAGUUCAUCCAUGACUACAGUUUGCCAAACCCUGUGCAGUUGCAUUUCUUCAUCUAUUCAUGUUUCUUAUAAUUUCCUCUAUUUUAUGUAAAAUAAUAAUAUUUAUUCUAAAUUCCUUUUUUUCUAACUCAAACCUCAAGAUAUAUGUGGGUCUGUUGUAUUUCUCUUUUUUAUUCAUCACAUUCCUUGCUGUUUUGCAUAGAUCCUAUUUUUUAUUGUAUGAUAAACAGAAAUUGUCUAACAAACAGGAAGAGACUGAAGUUGAUGUUUUCCCCCAGCGAGGUUGGAUAUUCCUUCUGUAGGAAGGUAGAGGGAGGAGUCAUCACUAUGUUUCAAUCAGACAAAGGCAGAUCUAUGAAAAUAGUGCCUAUUGCAAGCACUGAAAUCAUGCCCUGUCCAACCAUCAGACACCCAUCUUUUAGAUAACUUUACCAUAAUAUGACUGCAAAUACAAGUCAAGCUCAAUCUUUUACUUAACACGUUAUGAUGGUACAUGAAAAUUGCAACUGCACCUUGCUUUCCCUGAUGAAAAUUGGUCUAAGGUGUUCUCCAAGUCAUUUUUUUUUUUAAAUUCUCUUUCUACAGCAGAGCAGGAUCACACAGUCUGCCUUGACCCAUUGUGGUUAGGUGCUGUGGAGUCAGUUCUGACUCAUAGCAACCCUGUGUGCAACAGAACGAAACACUGCCCGGUUCUGCACC